UAAUUUAUCUUUCCUUUGACUCUGCUGAGUGGGCAAAGCAUCUCUUCCUCUGUUCCUGCGCAAAUGAAAGCAUUUCGCUCUUGAGUCUUGAAUCAGAUUCAGCGACGGCAAAUGGAGACGAGCAACGGAGGCGGCAGCGGCGACGAAUCGGCGCACGUCCCGCCACCACUCGCAUCGGACCCUGCUCCUCGGCCGGCGGCGAUGGCGACGAUCGAGAAGAAGAAGCACAUCUUCGUGCUGUCGGGGCAGAGCAACAUGUCCGGGCGGGGCGGCGUGCGGGCGCGCCGCUGGGACGGCGUCGUGCCGUCGGCGUGCGGGCCCGCGCCCUCCGCCGUCCUCCGCCUGUCGGCCGGCGCCCGCUGGGAGGACGCGCGCGAGCCCCUCCACGCCGACAUCGACACCGCCAAGACCUGCGGCGUCGGCCCCGGCAUGGCCUUCGCCAACGCCCUCCUCCCCCGCCUCCCCGUCUCCUCCUCGUCCGCGAUCGGCCUCGUCCCCUGCGCCGUCGGCGGCACCGCCAUCCGGGAGUGGGAGCCGGGGACCCACCUCUACGCCCAGAUGGUGCGGAGGGCGAAGGAGGCCGUCGCCGGCGGCGGCGAGCUCCGGGCGGUGCUGUGGUACCAGGGCGAGAGCGACGCCACCGAGCACGCCGCGCCCAAGUAUCGAUCCAACAUGGAGAAGCUGAUCAAACAUGUGCGAUCCGAUCUCAAUUCCCCCGAUCUACCAUUCAUCCAGGUUGCUAUUGCUUCAGGGGAUAAGCAGUAUAUAGAGGAGGUGAGAAAGGCUCAACUGGGAAUUGAUAUGCCCAAUGUUGUCUGUGUAGAUGCUAAGGGAUUACAACUAAAUGAAGAUAACUUGCAUCUCUCAACUGAAGCUCAAGUGGAGCUCGGCAAUAUGCUCGCGCAGGCCUAUAUCAAGCAUUUUUUGACAUGCAAUUUGUAGAUGAGAAACCAUGAGUAGAUAAAUAUUUGCUUAAUUUUUGUUUUAUUGUCAUUAACGCGUUGUUUGUUAAUAAAGAAUGUAUUAUUCCAUUAAA